AUGAAAUUUAUAAUCCUAUCAUUUGUACUACUCUUUGCAUUGUCCACCCAACCCUUGUUAGGAGAAGCUGAUGCUUCACCUGAGCAAGUGGUUGAUAUAGAAGGCAACAAGGUUCGGGUCGGAAUAAAUUACUAUAUCCAACCAGUCCAAACAACCCCGUGCAACGGUCGCGGGCCUUGUGUUGUUGGCAGUGGUUUUGUUCUCGUAGCAAGAUCACCAAACGAGACAUGUCCACUUAAUGUUGUGGUGGUCGAGGGUUUUCAUGGUCAAGGAGUAACCUUUACACCGGUUAACCCUAAGAAAGGUGUUAUUAGGGUUUCCACGGACCUCAACAUUAAGACUUCCCUUGAUACAAUAUGUGUGGAGUCAACCGUAUGGACGCUUGAUGAUUUUGAUUCUUCAUUCGGACAAUGGUUUGUGACUACUGGUGGGGUUGUUGGAAAUCCUGGCAAGGACACCAUCUCCAAUUGGUUCAAGAUUGAGAAAUAUGAAGAUGACUAUAAGCUUGUGUUUUGCCCUACUGUAUGCAAUUUUUGCAAGCCCUUAUGCAAAAAUGUUGGAGUUUUUAGGGAUGGUAAUGGAAACCAACGUGUGGCUCUCACUGAUGUACCCUACAAAGUUAGGUUCCAGCCAUCUGCUUGA